AUGGAUGAAAGUGAUGUUCUUAACUCCUUGGAAGUCAAGACUAUGCUUCCAGUUCGAAGAGUGGCACGAAAAAAAUGCUUGGCUGGAGAAUCUUCACGUGUUGAACCACCUGAAGAUGAAAUGCAAUAUUUUCGAGCUAGUGUGUUCAGACCAAUUCUGGACCAAAUCAUACAAAGCAUGACAGAGAGAUUUUCAGAAAAUAAACAAUUGGUCAUGGAUUCCCACUACUUGGAUCCUCGCAAGUUUCAGAAAAUUAGGACUGAUCCCAAAGUGCUAGAUGGAGGGGCACUAGAGAGAAUUUCUAAGUUAGCCAAAGUAAAUGAAUGUUCUCUCAAAACUGAAUUAAUAAGUUUUGCCAACUUAUUUCCAAGUCUUACAGGAUGUCUUUCUGAAGAUGAGACACAAAAAGUGGAAAUAAUUCUUGAUGAUAAGGAGGAGGAGGAGGAGAUUAAUGACUGGAUUCCACCUACUGACAAACUAAUUGAG